AUGAAUCUAUUGACAUUCUUGAAAUUCCCAAGAAUCUACGGAAAUUUUGAAUCUGUUGGCAUUCUUGAUGUGAAAGAUUCACAGGAAGCUGUUGCUGAGGCUCAGAAUACGUUCAAAACUCAGAACUCAAAGUCUUCAACCAUUUUGGACGAUGUCACUGAGGAUGCCGUACCUGUGCAAGAAAGGUCCAAACCAGUUUCUGAGGAAACGCUCGACAGUAAAAUGAAUCAGUUGGCAGCAACUGAGAGUUGCACAGAUUCCCUUCAGUCAUCCGGAGAUUCUUGUACCUAUGAAAAGGAAGUCAUCGAUACUCUUGGGCAGCUGAAACUUAAAGAGAUGACUGAAACCGUACGUACAGAAGAGUCUACAGAAACUGGUGAAUCCUUGAAAGGAAUGAGAAGCGUUCACAGAGAUUCGCCAGAAGAGCUCUUGCUCAUCACCAAAAGAGGAAACUUCUUCCAAGACUCAUUCUUCCUUGACACUCACCAAGACUUCAGUGCCGCUCUCAGGCAGGUGUUGGACAGGUGCAAUGAAGAAAACUUUGAGAACGACAUUAACCUCUGUUACACCGAUAUCCUGGAACGCUACAGGCAGCUUCGAUCUCGCGAUCUAAAGGAAGAGAAUCAGGCUGUUAUCGUUACAUCAGACAAGUCUUGUCUAAAGAUAAUUAUGGACGUUUAUGAGUUCAUGAGUGGAGAUAUACAAGCGAAGGUUGUUGAUGAGAAAGAGUUAGUCAUUGAGGGACGUGUGGUGAAGAGCGAAGGAACCUCAUCCGAGACCUCUCACUCCUUCAGACGCCGCUUCUCUCUUCCGCAUUAUACUGAUAUCACUUCUGUUAUGUCGUUAGAUGGCAUCCUCACAGUUACUGUGAUCUUUAAGGAAGGAAAUGUCGAGGUAAAUACAGCUAAAAAGACUGAAGCAAAAUGCAACAUAACAAAAGAAAUUAUUGACUCAAAAUCACCUUCACUUUCUGCUGAAAAGCAUGUGCUUGAGGCGAAGGCUGAAAAUCGUGACAGAUUGAACAAGAAUGUGACAUUACAGUCACAGGAAACUCGUAAUUUCACGUCGGGGACAGAGAGGUCCAAACUUGAUUCCAACUUCGAGGACAACAAUAGACUGAGACGCUAUGGACGAGGCUAUAACAGGGAGUCUGGAGAAACCAACAGAUAUAACGUCACCGAAGACACAAGUAUGGGAACGUCCUCUCGUUUCUCGAGUGUUUCUCAGUGUAGCUCCGCAUUGAAGUCUUUUCCAGUGACGAGGAAAGGACUAUUCUUCUCUGAUUACUUUUUCCGAGACACAAGGGAGGAUUUCCAGAAAGCCGUAAGGGAAAUCCUGAACAAAUGGGGAGAGAAGUCGUCUUCCGGUGACGAGAUGACUUGCUACAGAAAACUACGAGCACGAAAUAUGAGGGAAGAUAAUCAGGCAGUGACGUCUUCGGAAGAUGAACGUCAUUAUAAGUUCGUCAUUGAUGUCCAAGACUUUAUGAACGUUGGAGAGAUCAGCAUGAAGGCUGUGAACGAGAGAGAGUUGGUGGUUGAAGGUCACUUGGAGAAGAAGGAAGACGGUUCGAAGUCCAGCAAGCGGUUCCUUCGUCGGUUCAUUGUUCCUGGAGACAUUGAGCUCGAGGCUGUCAUUUCAGUCAUGUCUUCUGACGGAGUGCUUAAAAUCUUAGCUCCGAAGAGGCUUGGCCACAACCGAAAACAUGUUUCGACUGACAUGGACGAUGGCGAUGCAAUGUUUUCAAGGAAAUUCACAAGUGGGCAUCGUCUCACCGAUAACCUUUUUGGGAAGAGAGAUUCAUCUUCGGAUGACGAGGAUUUUAGGACAUUUGCCAGGCAAAUCAAUGAUCGCUACCAAGUCGCUUUCCAAGAACGACGAAGACUUUGAAGAUGGACAUUUGCUCAACAAGGAGACAAAGAUGAAAACUGACAAAGGGUUUAAAUAUGAGAUUCCAAGCUUUUCAACGGAAACCAGGGUUUUAUACGUGGACAGAAGGGGUGUAUUCACUGAAGACUAUUUCUUCGCGAAUGUUCG